CUCCACGAGAGGAACAGUCCACCUCAUCGAUCUCGCUUGUUCCCCUCCCUUCGAAACGCGCCGUACAAACAAAAUGAUUAAAAGAAAAAGGGUAAUACCCCUACUUGACCAAACCCCUCUUCUCGCUCGUCCACAAACCGGGCGGGAAGAUGGGGACUGUCGACAGAACCAAAAUUUCUCUAAAUUCAAUGUCUUCAACCAUAUGAUGUUUUGUACCUACCCCGUCUUUCCUCUUGACGAGGAUCAUCUUCUUGUUUAACCCCGCUCUGUGUGGGCGAUUAUGUUGAGGAAUGACGCUGAUUGAGACGGUCUUGUCCUCUUUGCGCGGGGCUUUUAGAUCAGGCAUCUUGCGAAGUUGAGAAAUAUGAUGGACAGGCCCCUCGUCGUCUGUGGUCCCUCUGGUACGGGUAAAUCCACCCUGCUCAACCGACUCUUUGCGGCCCACCCGACCAAGUUUGGCUUUUCCAUCUCGCAUACCACCCGUUCUCCCCGUCCGGGCGAGGUCGAUGGGGUCAACUAUCACUUCACCACCGACGCCGCGUUUGUCGAGAUGAUCCAGCGUGGCGAGUUUAUUGAGAACGCCCAGUUUUCGGGGAACCGGUAUGGGACCAGCGUCAAGGCCGUCAAGGACGUUGCCGACCAGUCUCGUCGGUGCAUCCUCGAUAUCGAUACCCAGGGGGUGAAACUCAUCAAGUCGAACCACCCCACCCUGAACCCGGUGUUCCUCUUCCUCUCUCCGCCGUCGUUGCCCGAGCUGAAGAAACGUCUGACGGGCCGGGGGACGGAGACGCAGGAUUCGUUGCAGAAACGUCUGGAUGCUGCCAUUGCCGAGAUCCAGUACGCCGUCGAGGGGGGUCACGAUAUCGUCGUCGUGAAUGACGAUGUCGAGCGGGCUUAUGGCGUCUUGGAAAAGGUCGCCCUGGGGGAACAGGUCGAGGGGGACAAGUUGCCCGAGUUUGGCUUGUAAUCCAGGGCCAGGCGGGGUUUAGUGAGAGCGGUGGGUUAUCAGUUUUGGUAGAUGCUGGUAGUUUCAAUUAGUUGUACUAGGGAUAUUAUCGAGGGCGAUUAAGCAUACAUUACAUACCAUUUGUUUAAUUUAUUUUACGCUUUGACCAUCUCGCUCGAUCGCUGUUCACCA